CAGUAAAGAGAUGUGAUGUAUUAAAAAAAAAAAUUAUUGAUAAAUUAAAGUUUUGAUUUCGACAACUUACUUACUUAUUUUCAUAAUAUAUUUGACUUAUUGACUGCAUUAAUUUUAUUUAAUAUAAUAACCUAAGAAAAUGUCGUAUGAUUUAAAAAAAGAAUCUGACGUUAAAGAAUAUUUGGAAAAAUUAGGUAUCGAGUACAGAUUUGGUUGCUAUUCAGAAAAGAAACCAGAAGUGUGUCAUCUUUUAGGAGAUUAUUUAGAAGGAAUAAAAAAGGAUUUUGAAAAGGCUUCAAAAGUUUACAAAUCAAAUUGCGAUGAUUAUGGCUACGCAAAAUCAUGUUAUAAAUAUGGAAAUUAUAGUUUUUUAGGUAAAGGAAAAAGUGGAAGUAAAGGAGAUCCGAAAUUAGCUUACCAAUAUUACGAGAAAGGUUGCGCGUUAAAUGAUCCUGACGCUUGUCUUCAUUCUGGACUACUUCUAGUUUCGAGGGCUAUGCCUAAGCAGAUUGAAAGGAAUGUGCCAAAAGGUGUAGAAUUUUUAGCUAAGAGUUGCGACAUGAACAAUGCAACUGCUUGUUUUUAUCUAUCUGGUAUGCAUAUUUCUGGAGUACAAAAACAAGAAAAUAUUGAAUCAAAUUCACCACAAACAAAAAACCCUUCAAAGCAAACAACUUCCAAUGUCCCGAAAGGUGGGAGUAUUAUAAGUGAUAAAGAAGAAUAUUACAUCCAUAAAGAUAUGAAAAAGGCUUUUCAAUUUGCUUAUAAGGCUUGUGAGUUAAGGAAUAUGUAUGCUUGUGCUAAUUUAAGUCAAAUGUAUGCUCGAGGCGAUGGUACCGAAAAAAAUGAAGAGAAAGCAGAAAAAUUCAAAAAAAUGGCUCUAGAAAUGCAAGAUGAGGUUAAAAAACAACAGCAAACUUUAACUUUUCAGCAAGGCAUACUGUCUCAGUAGAAUAUUUUAGAAAAUUGCUUUUUAAAACAUGUUUCUUAAAAAAAUUUCUCCGUUAAUUUAAUUCAUAAUUUUUAUUUAGAUCUGAAGUUGUGUUAAUAAAAAUAUUAAAAAUUAA